GUGGCACGCAGCUUCUGAACUCUCGGAGGAACUCAGUUGAUUCCUACCUGUUCCAUAGUUAAAGAGGUGCAACUUGGUGGACAUCACCGUGUUCAUUUAAAUGCGUGAGAAAUACAAUGUGUGGCGUGUGAGCGUGUGAACGGGUGGGAAUGCGUGUGUCUCACGCUGAUUGCGUGAGACUUGAGAGCCCUGUGUUGUAUAUGUUCCCUGUCUUUCUGCAGGUGACAGGUGUUCUUCUGCUUAAUUAGCCACCUGUUUCAUGAGAUCCCUCAAUUAGUCUGUUAAUCGUAAAUUACGAUUGUGUACACCUAUGUUGCAUUGUUUAACGACACGUUGGAAUCACAUAAUUCAAUGUUGAGUCAAUGUAUUGUCAUCUUGUUCAUAAAUAUUCCUAUUCAUGUUUUCUUUUUCCUUUUUUUUUUGUUUUUUUUUUGCAUUUUAAUAUCUAAACUGUCUUUAGAGGACGUGUGGAUAAGCCAUACUUCUAUUUAGAAUAUCACUAUCACUAGCGUUACAACUACAGCAAAACCCUGCCAAACUAUAUCGUCUUUUUCACCUUCAGAAACCUUAAAACCAACUUCGUACUUGUACUUUUCGACAGGCGUAGUUCAGGCGCCUUGUUGCCUACUGAAGGACCCCCUCGUUAUUCCAACAUGGCGGCGUCCGUAAGGUUGUGCAGUGCCCUCCGCAUCUCAAUUGGAGGUAUGAUUUUUAUCUUUGUUUUAAUCCUGUGCUCCGCCUCAACUGUUCAUUUUAAGACGGAACAUAUUAAUUUUAUGUAUAUUUGUGUUCAUGUCGUUGUGAUUGUGUUGUCCUUUAAAGUGAUGUAGAAAAGCAUGACAUUCUGCAGGAAUAUGGUGGUGAGGCACGUUUUCGAAAUAUACUGUAAUGUUACUGCUAUUUGAAAUCUAUAGAUAAAAUAAAUAUAUUACAUUUGGUUAAAGAAUAUCAUAUGAGUCCCUUAAUGUUGGGUUUUCACAACAGAAGUGAUUGUAGUCAUCAACAAUAUACGCUGAUAGUUAUGGUGUAUUUUUCCAAACCAAACUUUAUGUAUUUUUUCUUGUUUAUUAUUGUCCUACUUAUAAAAAGAUGUAGAAGCAUUAGUUGAUAAUAAAUAAAGGCUUAUCGUGCUAUUGUUUUAUGUACUCUUAUUCGGCUGAGUCAUAAUAAACAACAAGCACUUAAUAAUACUUAUAUUUUAUCUUUUAUCAAGCUUUCCUCCGCUCUGUUGGCUCCGUGGUGCAUGAUGUCUAUCUAAACCCGCUCAUUUGUAACUCUAGUACUUAUGUACCUUUGCUUGAGCCUAGCCCAGUGUUUGCUAUUUUCUCGAAUUGAACUAUUUACAUUUCAUGCAUUCAAAGCUGGGACUCUGUAUGCUAAGCCAUGGUGAUGGAUGUGUGUCUCCUUCAGGUGUGCUCCCACUCCGUACUUUAGGGGGCGCCCUGCAGGUGAAUCGAGCCUCAGCUUCCUCUCUCCAAAGAAACCCUGCUCUUCCACUGGUUCAACCAGCAGUGUGGCAGCAAACCAGGCACGGCAGCUUCUUUAACAAGUGUAAGUUGAUGUGAAAAAAAUGUUUUCAAAAUCCUUUUUCCCCUUGCUGGGGUUGUAAGAUUAUAACCUUAGCACUUGAAAAACCUUCAUUUACUCAUUAAAUUGGGUUCUUUCUGAAGUGAUAAUAAUAAUAAUGCAUCAGAUUUCAUAUAGCGCUUUAUCAGAGACCCUCAAAGCGCUUUACAUUGGAUACAUCAUUCAUUCGCUCACACAGUCACACUUUGGUGGUGGUGGAGACGUGGCUGCCAUUCUGCGCCUACGGCCUCUCCGACCACUGGACUGAAAAUAUUUUAAUGGCGUCAUAAUCAGCUGAUUCACUAUGGACAGCGGUAUAUGUCCUUGCCUGUCUGAUCUUACAGUAUACUCAGAUCAUUUAUUAAUUUGUAUGGAACAGUUUAUAGCAAGAGUGAUGUGCAGUGAGGUUUUUCUGGCACCCAGUACAGGUGUUACGGUGUGAAGAAGUUUACUACGUAGCAACAUUGGCUUAGGUACAAACUAAUUACUCCUAUUGAUUGGGCUCAUUUCACUUUACAGAAAAGAGAUGAGUACUUGCACACCAUAAUAAAUCUGCUUACAUAAGACUUAAGCAUCAUCUUUUUCUCUGACUUUUCUCAGUACAGUAUUAGGACUCUUAAUCAAUAGCCUCUUAACUCCUCAUUUCAGUCACUUCCUGAGCAUUUCUUAAAAAAUUAGUAUUUUUUGUCUGCUAAUAUGUCUACCUCAUGAUCUCACACAGCAAAGCAAUACCAGCUUUGCACCUGAACUAAUACAUCUCCAUGAAAAGUAUUUGUGUAUGGUACAUUCUUGGUUGUAUUCAUGUGCUUUUAUACAGAAAGUGCUAACCUUAAGUGUUUUGUGCCCAGUUUAGGUGCCAAAUCUUUUCAAACACCAGCGUCUUUCUAUUGCAGUCUUAAAGCAGUCCAUUAAAACACUCUUUAUUCCUUACACUUGAGGGCCACAGAGUCCAUGAAACUUUUUCGUUUUGGUAUAAAAUGCGAUUAAGUGACUCAACUUUGGAGCUGUUUGAGUCACUCGUUGAUUUAUAUUCGUGUGUGUGUGUGUGUGUGUGUGUGUGUGUGUGUGUGUGUGUGUGUGUGUGUGUGUGUGUGUGUGUGUGUGUGUGUGUGUGUGUGUGUGUGUGAACUUGUUCUACAGUGACAGCUGAGGAGUUAUGGAAAGGUGUAUUGGCAGAAAUGGGUUCUGGAGCCAGGAAGGGUCGAGGAAAAAGAACCAAGCGCAAAUUGAGGCGAGAUCUGAACCGAGGACAGGUCAUUGGAGAAGGUAGGAAAUUGUCUAUCCUUCUCCCAGUCUCUGCAGCUGUUUGACCUCAAUUUACAUGUAUUAGUUAAGCAACCAGAAAAUCUGUUUUGAAUUUUGAAUUUGCUGAAGGUGUUUUUCAGCGCCUCCAAAUCUGACAACUUAACAUUUUAGUGUUUUUUGUUGUCAUUAGUACAAGUUUCUUUUCAUUCUUUUAAGUGCAGUGGGCUGCUGGUGCAUUCAGCUUGAAUAUUUUGGAUCUAAUUUUCUUUUUAGAGGAACAAUCAGUGUUUAUUCUUUCAAGUUUUUCUCUCACAGUCUUGUCAGUCCAUCUCUUUUCUGCUUUCACUUCAUCUGGAUUUUGUAAAGCCAGCAGUUAAUUUCACAGAUACAAAGUUUUUUAAUUCUGUAACUCUUUAACCUCGCACACAGCUCUUUUGCUCCCAUUCUGCGCUGUACUUAUUUUCUUUUUAUUUUAUUUUUUGUCUUUUUUUGUUGUUGUCGUGUGCUUAAAUUCACAGGUCGGGGAGGUUAUCUGUGGCCGGGUCUCAAUGCUCCAGUGAGCAGGGAUGGGGCUGUGCUGAACAUGAGUCGAAGAGGCGAGGCUGAGCAACAGGAGGUUCACGCCGAACUGAGUAAAGUGGAAAUACCCUGAAUACAUUUAAGCAUGCCUUGGUUUGUAAUACCUGUAGAUCUCUAUGGAUGUAGGAACACCUUCCCAUUUGAAUCUUCCCGAAGAAACCAAUCAACAUGCAUAGUGAUAUUUUUCAAACUAGGGACCAAAUUGGAGUCGAAUUUGGGGGAAAUCUGCCAAAAUACCUUUAAUUAAUGGAUAAAAAGACUGACAGACUGAAACAGUUCUGCUCACUUUACCAAAGUGGAAGAGCUGUUAUUUAACAAGAUGAGUAUUUUUAAGAGCUACUAGUAGGAAACAAUGAUGGAAGUGGAGUUUACUCUGAAACCCACAAAAAUCAAUGUCUCGGCCACUGUUUUUAAAAAACAUUUUGUGUGCAUCCUUAAAGGGAUAUUCCAGCGUAAAUUUAAGCAUUUCCAUGAUGUAAUAAUCCUAAAUUGUCCACUGCACUUGUUGGGGCUCCCCCCUACAAACAAGUGGCUGCUGGAGGAGAGCGGGUGAGUUGUGUUUAGUCUCUUUGCGAAAGAAAUCAGGCAAAGCUAAAAAGAUGUCUGGUGGGUAGUACUAUGGCUGGGACCCUAUAUGUACUGUUGAUGAAGUUAGGAGCUGUUCUGAGCAUUAUUUGUGGCUAUAGAGUGGCUUUUUUGGUUGAGGUUUAUGCGUGGAGACGUAGACCGCUGUGUAUUGAUAUCGUGGUCAUUACUAAAGUUGGUAUAACUAGAGAAGCAAGCAGUCAGCAACAUUCAUCUCUCAAGGGGGUAUCUAACUUGGUGUUACAGUGUAUUUGGCCAUAACUUAAAUUUAUGGUGGAAUAUCCCUUUUUAAGUUUUAGCUAAUAAAUCAGGAGCGUUUAUUCCCUAUAAUAACAAAUGUAAAAAGGUUGUUUUUAAGGUUUGUGUAAUACAGCAUCGGUUAUUUCUAUGUAGAGACAUGCAGAUUUAUCCUGGCCUGCUGUUGGAAAUUGGCAGUGUAUUUCAGCUGUUACCAGCAUCCAUCAAUCUGUGGGACACUGUUAGCAGAAAUGUGUACAUUACUGUUCAUGAGAUAAACAAGACAUCAACUCACAGACAUCAGACUCUAACUUCAAUAUGGGUAAAGAAGGGGCAAUAUCACUGCUGGUAUUAGAAAGAGGGCAUCAACCAGCCUGGACUGUGGUCGCAUAGGCUAUCCAUUCUAAUGCAGCCUGUCACUUUUACGGCGACAAAUAGAAACCUUAAUUUGUAUCCAGUUGUGGUCGCAAACUCAAUUUGUGUUUCUGAAUUUUGUGUCUUUCUGCAGUACGUCAGAGGGACGAGUGGGAGAAAAAGAAAAGGACCAAGGUUAAAAGGGAAAGGGGAUGGUCUGGACACUCCUUGGGGGGAUGCAGCCUUGGUUCCCCAGAUCCUGGACCAAAUGGAGGUAACCUAUGUGUACAAUGUGGGAACAAGUAAAUGCUGCACUGCUAGAAAUGUGAAAGAUUCGAGCUCAGUUCAAAUAAUUCAGUCCAGCCUUAGCUAAAUGUAUAGAAUAAAAGAUGGAGGAACCAAAAGAGGAAUAAUAAUGGCAAAGGCUGCUCUGAGUAAUGGAGUGAGAAAGAUGGGAGCAGCAGGCGAGUAUGUGGCCUGUUAGGACUGAUGAAGAUGAGAAUUUGACCAAACUGUCAAGAGGAAUGAUUUCCUAAUUUAGAAAAACAUCUUUUUCUCUCUCCUCUCUGCACUCUCUUUUCUCAUUCUCUCUCUAACUUACACUUUUCACUCUGUGUCCCUCUUUUCAUUGUCUCCUCUCCCUUCUCAACUUUCGGCUCUCUUCCUCACCCCUCCACACACACACUCUUUUUUCUCUUUUCUCCUUCUUUUGUAACACUUAGCACUUCUCUCCAUUUUCCUUUAGUCACCCUGUCUUUCUCUCCCUCUGUCUCCCCUAAUCAGCUUCUUCAUUUAUCUCUUCCCACACACUCUUCUCAUUUUUUUCCUCUACGUUCUUGGCAAAAGGAAGCCCAAUUCACCUUACUUGUUUGCUGUCAUAUGUUAUAAUUUCAACAGAGCUCAAGUCAGAUGGUUCUAUCAGUUUAGUCCAGACUGAGAUACAUAUCUGGACAGCUGUCGAAGGUUUUUAGCAUGAAUUUUGUCCUACCAUCUGCCUUUUCACAAAAAAAAAAAAAAAACACUAAAUAUAUACUUACACACACUGGAAGAAACAUUUUGUAUCAGGGCAGGUAAUGAUUAAGUGAACGUUAAGUGAAAUAAAGACAAUAUUAGAACAUACAAAAGUUGUACGAACACAAGCUCGUGUUUGUGAUGAAUCACGUGGUAUUGUGGAUUUUGUAGACUUAAUGAUUUGACAUCGUCACUCUGGCUAGACAGCACCAGGACUUGGUUAAACCAGUUGUUAAUAUUUUCAUGGCUGUGGGCCUAAGGUACCUGUCAUAUGUUGUGUCUAAGCUCUAGCGCAGCCACCUGCUACUUGCGACUUUCCAUAAUGCUGUAAUGCCAUGCUAUAUGCCAGAUGUGAACAAGUACAGAUGACAGGUUUCAUCUUGCGCAGGUGGCUAAGCAGUAUGUUUUUCUGGAAACGGAGACGGUCUCAUAUGUGUGCUGUAUCUGGUUAACUGGACUGGAGUAAUGCAUUACCUGCACAGGCAUGUAGUCAACCACCUGCAGGGAGGACCAAGAGCUGGUGGCAGUAGCGCUGAUAACAUUAGCCACACUCCGCAAUCCAAUUUGACCUUGUUGUUUACUUUCAGAGGCUGUGAUCAAAUGACUGUUGCUAUCCUCCCAAGCAGCAUCAGGCUCACUAGUUUGCAGAAUAGUUAGCUGCAGCUGUAAUAAAAACACAAUUGCUGUGAGGAAUACAGUUUUGAUGAAGACAGUUGUGUUACUUUUUCAGUAUUGGAGAAAUUAUUUGUCUGUUACACUCAUGACACACCCAGUACUACAUUAAUAGUAGCCCAUUGUCUAUUACUAUUAUUUGUUACUAUUUAGAAAAAGUCAGCAUGCUUACACAAUGUUUCUCCUACUAUGUUCAUGUGGCCACGAGGAUGCGAUGUUGACCCGUAUUCAUGCGCGUGAAAAUCGUUUCAAAUUAAAUGACCUUGGACUCCUUAUAGACAGGAUUAUACAGGUUUGUAUUUUGUCUCAGUUUACAGCUUUUGACAUUUAUCUGAAGAAAAAAAAUUAAUGUCACAACACAGAAGUUGACUCAAAUUUACUGUUAUUUAUUUACAAACCAUAGUACUUAUUUACAGAGUCUACAGUGCCUUGAAAAAGUAUUCAUACCCCUUGAACUUUUUCACAUUUUGUCACUCUACAAACACAAAUUUUAAAGUAUUUUAUUAGAUUUUUUGUCAUAGACCAACACAAAGUAGCACAUAAUUGUGAAGUGGAAUGAAAAUGAUACAUGGUUUUCAGAAAUUUAAACAAAUAAAAAUCUGAAAAGUGUGGUGUGCAUUUGUAUUCAGCCCCCCUGUGUCAGUAUUUUGUAGAGCCACCUUUCGCUGCAAUUACAGCUGCAAGUCUUUCGGAGUAUGUCUCUACAAGCUUUGCACAAAUCGAGACUGAAAUUUUUGCCCAUUCUUCUUUGAAAAAUAGCUCAAGCUCAGCCAGAUGGAUGGAGAGCAUCUGUGAACAGCAAUUUUCAAGUCUCAAUGGGAUUUAGGUCUGGACUUUGACUUAGUCAUACUAACAUUAAUAUUCUUUGAUCUAAACCAUUCCAUUGUAGCUCUGGCUUUAUGUUUAGGGUCACUGUCUUGCCUGAAGAUGAAUCUCUUCCUCAGUCUCAAGUCUUCUGCAGCCUCCAACAGGUUUUCUUCCAGGAUUGCCCUGUAUUUAGCUCCAUCCAUCCUCCCAUCAACUCUGACCAGCUUCCCUGUCCCUGCUGAAGGAAAGCAUCCCCACAGCAUGAGGCUGCCACCACCAUGUUUCACAGUGGGGAUGGUGUGUUCAGGGUGAUGAGCAGUGUUACUCUUCUGCCACACAUAGCGUUUUGCCCUCAGGCCAAAAGUUCCAACUUUGGCCUCAUCUGACCAGAACACCUUCUUCCACAUGUUUGCUGUGUCCCCUACAUGGCUUGUGGCAAACUGCAAAUGGGACUUUUUAUGUCUUACUGUCAACAAUGGCUUUCUUCUUGACACUGUUCCAUAAAGGUCAGAUUUGUGGAGUAGACGACUUAUAGUUGUCCUGUGGACAGAUUCUCCCACCUGAGCUGUGGAUUUCUGCAGCUCCUCCAGAUUGACCAUGGGCCUCUUGGUUGCUUCUCUUACCAGUGCUCUCCUUGCUUGGUUUGUCAGUUUAGGUGGACGGCCAUGUCUUGGUAGGUUAGCAGUUGUGGCAUACUUCUUCCAUUUUCGGAUGAUGGAUUUGAACAGUGCUCCUUGAGAUGUUCAAAGCUUUGGAUAUUUUUUUGUAACCUAAUCCUGAUUUAAACUUCUCAACAACUCUUUCCCUGACCUGUCUGGUGAGUUCCUUGGUCUUCAUGAUGCUCUUUGUUGACUAGUGUUCUCUAACAAAGCACUGAGGCCUUCACAGAACAGCUGUAUUUAUGCUGAUACUAAAUUACACACAGGUGGACUCUAUUAACUAAUUAGGUGACCUCUGAAGGCAACUGAUUACACUGCAUUUUAUUAAGGGGUAUCAGAGUACAGGGGGCUGAAUACAAAUGCACACCACUGUUUUCAGAUUUUUAUUUGUUUAAAUUUUUGAAAACCAUGUAUCAUUUUCAUUCCGUUUCACAAUUAUGUGCUACUUUGUUUUUGUCUAUGACAAAAAGUCUCAAUAAGAUACUUUUAAGUUUGUGGCUGUAGAGUGACAAAAUGUGAAAAAGUUCAAGGGGUAUGAAUACUUUUUCAAGGCACUGUACAUCCAGCCUGUGAACAUUAGAUUUUUCUGGGCUUUUUGAAAAAAAGCUCCUGAGCUCUUUGAUAGUUGGACUCAGCAGUGGGGGUGCCAUUGAUGCUCACAUGCAUACAGAUGACGAGAUGCUCUUCUUGUAUCCUGUUCCUCAGGUCAGUCUUCACCUAGAAAUUUACACUGUUACCUCUACUCUCUUGCUGCUCAAGGAUUUAUGCUGUUACGUUCACGUUACGUUACCCGUGCUACUCGCUAUAUAGACCGUAUAUAAGCUUAAAUGCUACCUUUCACAUUGAUGGAAGAGGGUCCGACAGCAUUUGAUGUGCUUGUUGAUGACUCAAAACAAGUCGAAAAUAACGUCUUGUAUGUUGUACUCACACAGUGCGAGUAGAAAUCAUUAGUACCGCAUUGAUAUUAACGAUCAUGUGAAAUUUCAGUAGCGAUGCACAUAAUUUGAAUGAAUGUAGGGGAAACACUAUGACAUGCUCAACCAACACCAAUGUGGAAAACAUGUGAAAACAUUACAUCUGCUUGCUAGCAUACUAGGGUUUACAUUAAGCUAAAUGCAGCCACAGAACUGAGCGUCGUUUCUGACUUGGUGUCAUAUUAAGAGUUGUAUCACAGAGUGUAUUUUUAGAAACAAUUCCUGCCUCUUGACAGCAGAAGGAGCUUAACAAAGAGUGAGAGCUCUGCAUACUUACACACUCAGAAGCAAAUGUAAACAGUCUGUCGAUUUCAGUUUGUUCAGCCACUUUGUCUCCAAAAACAGGGAUGUUUUAUAGUGUAGGCUUAUAACUGUUAAGAUCAGAAUAGGGUCAAUCAUUAUCCACUAAAAAUGGAUGUGUUUUUCUGCCACUCGUCACAGGAGAGUUUUGUUAGCACUCUGUGUCUAAGGUUUAGUCCGUUACUGUAAUUUAAAAGCGUCUCUGAAGCCCAUGACGGUGCUUCUCCAGCCUAAUCAACUCUCUACUACAAGCCCCAAGCAACAUUACUGGUUAAUUCCUCCUGAUUCACUGAUAGAGCUCCUGUUCCCAGACUCAUUACCUGUUUAAACUUUGCUCUUUGCUGACAGACUGAGUUCAGGCCAUUUAGCUCUAACUGCUGACUGAUUAGAGACAAGGACUCUGUAGUUAGACGGCAUGUUUACUUUUCUCAUCCUCUUCUCAGUCCUUUUGAACUUGCUCUUACUCCUCAUCCUACUUUCUUUUUCCUUGUUAUUUAGUUUAGAUUUUUUUUUGUCUUUGUUUGCUAGCUCUAGUACUGUGAUGUGUACUUGUAUUUUCUCUGUAAUAUGAAUAAGCACUUUCUUUUAAGCUCAUGCUCACAGAAUACACACGAGGCCUUGUGAUCGUGAUGUGCACACAGCUGUAACUAGGUUGGUUGUCUCUGAUCAGGUUUAGUUUCACACAGAUGGUGGGCCAAUGUCCCAGUUAAGUGGUGUGUGUGUGUGUGUGUGUGUGUGUGUGUGUGUGUGUGUGUGUGUGUGUGUGUGUGUGUGUGUGUGUGUGUGUGUGUGUGUGUGUGUGUGUGUGUGUGUGUGUGUGUGUACGUGUGUGUCGUCUUCUGGAGUCUGCGAGUCUGCUCUCUGUUGCUUGUUGUUAAUUGGUUUGAAGCGAACAGGCUGCUGCUGGGAGACAAACAUCCUUCAGAGGUCACUGACAAUGACAAGUGUCAACCUGUUAGGCUACUGCAAAGACUUAUGGGUAUUAGUUACACAAGCAGGAGCCCUGUUUCAUCUGUUCUAUCGGUUUGUUGUGUGUUUGUGUUGGAUUGUGUUUGUAAGUAAAAGCUUUUUUAUCUCGUUCUUUCUCCACAGAAACUUAUGAGGAAUUUGAAGCUCGUGUCAUUGAGGUGAGUGCUUCUCUUGACUCAGACUGAACAAAGCACACACUUAAACAAACAUUGGAGCUGAAUCCAAGAUGCACAUAACAGGGUGAAAUAUGUGUGCAGCUGUUGUAGAGUUUUGUGUUUCCAGCAUCUGUUUUUGAUGUAGUUCGUUCCCCUGAAAUACAAUCAGCUAUUUUAGCUUGGAGUUGAAGUUAGCACCAUCAGUUGUACUUCAAAUUAGUUACCCAAAACGCAACAAACACUUCCUAAAACAUCACAGUCCAGGCUGCGUUUGCAUUACUCAUAUGUUCUGAUGUUGAGAUACACAUACAAAACUCAAUUCCAUUGAAGUUGGGAAAUUGUGAUAAUCUUGAUUCUAAUCUUGGAAUAAAUAGGCAGUAACAGCACAGUUUAGUACAAAAGAAAGCCUCACUUUAAUACUCAUUAUAUCUUGCACUAGGGGAUUAAUUGAUGAUGUCAAAUCUCACAUGCAUAAAAAACAGACUUCCUUGAAUAUCUCCUGAAGGUCACUUUUGGAAGCAACGGUUCCCCAAUAGGUCCCAUUUUGAGAGUAUGAUUAAUUUUGUCUACAGUAAGGUGCAACACAAACAUAAAAGCAGUUUUGGUGUCUAACACUCAUAUUUUUAUUUGUGGCUUCAGUACAGGGGAUGGAUUAUAUUCCAAUUAUUAUGUUAAAGCGAAGAGUCAUGCAUGAUUAGGGGUGUGGGUUGUUUGACUGACACUUGGGCGCACUGCAGCUGUUUGCCUGGCAGCAGUUCUUGAGCCUCAUCCCAAUCCCUUUGCCAUGAUCAUGAGAAACCAGAAGUUAGUUUAAUUAGCAUUUCCAAUGUGGGCCUCACCUUCUGUGGGUUUUGCCUCGUCUAAAAUCAAUGGGUGAUGUCACGGAGACAGUGUCAUGUUUUAUGCGCCGUAAGUGUUGAAUACAGCACUGACACUUCAUCAUUCAGGAGCCUAACAAAGAGCUGAAACCUAUCAUGGAGGGUGUGACUGUCUUGUCAGAUUAAAUCCUCACUAUGACAUUGAAUGAAUCAAUAACGGUUCAUGACCCUGUCUUAUAGAAUAAAAGCUUAAACUAAACCAGAUAGUAACAGAGUAAUAAAUGAGAACAACUCAGAGGAUGACACUGUUUCCAGGAAACUCAAAAUGGUGGAAAAUCCAGCGCUGCGUGUGCACAUGGACAGUGUUGAAGGCAAAUAUGCAGAGCAAGGGUAGCUGCACUUGAGCAUCAAAUGUCAGGUCAUUUUGCAGCUGCAGAGUCAGGAGAUCAGAUGGAUAAUAAAAUGUCCUCUUUUUGAACUGUGUAAAAGCCUGCAGGGCUUUUACAGGAAAAAUUGUGUCAUUUCUGAAAAGUCACAUUUCCUCUGGUGUUCGGUGCGAAACAUUUCAAAUGUUUCUCAUUCAGCCCAGAGCAGCUGCAUGGUCAGGCAGCCUGUCAAAGACUGAGAUGGUGCACUUGUUCAGUAUUUGAUCAAAUACAAAAACAGUCUUGUAUAAUAAGGAAGUCAUCCAGAGCUUUUUGGACCUGGGGUUGAAUUGGCAAAAUUAGUGAGUGUACUUUUGGUAGUUAAGGAUGUUUUAUUAUAAGUCAAAUGUUCUUAUGAUGGUAGAGGAGUCUACUUGCUAUAGUUAAUCAGAGGUGGGUGAAAUUAAUCCAAAAUUUAACUUCAUUUACUUUUCAUCCAUAAACAGUAACUUAAACUUUGAUAAGUGCAAAUCUGUUAAUUCUGUUCAUAAUAAAUGGGAGGAUGAGGGUCCCCACAACUCAGCUAAUCCAAACAUGAUCUACUUAUAGAGAGCCACAAAUUUCAUCAGACAUUCAAGACAUUACUCAAUCAGUCAAUCAAAUUUUAUCCAUAUAAUAGCGCCAAAUCACAACAGUCAAUAACCCAAGAUGCUUUCCAAAAAAAAAAAAAGCAGGUCUAGAUGGGAGAGGAUGGUAGAGAUUUGGGCUAAGGCACAAAAAGAGAACAAAGUAGUAGGAAGGAGAGAGAAAACAAGCAAGGGAAAGGGAGGGAGAGAGAAAAGAGAGCAAGGGUAAGAGAGAGAGAGAGAGGGAGAGGGACAGGGGACAGCAGCAACAUUAAAACAACAGGUCAUGCAGAGUUGUGGUUGUAGAGCAAGUAAUAAGGAAUAAUAUGAAUUCAACUGUUGUACUGUUGGUCAAGUUGUCCGCGAUCCAUCUUAUUGAUCAAGAGCAGAGUUUGAAUUCUCCGUGAAGAUGCUUCUGGUGGUAGCAAUAUUUCAUCUAUUCAUUUUUCUUUCAUUAUUUUAGUGAUUCAGUUCAUUCUGUCCAGAAAGAACUGGCCCUAUCAUCUCCAAAAUGACCCCUCAUGGUAUCAUUUAAGAGCUGAUUUUUACAGUCAAGUUUUUUUCUUACCAAUACAUCCCUACAUCCCCUUACCUCAGCAUAUUACAACAUCACAAAGGGACUGAGAGUUAAAGGUUUAGGUAAUAAUUUCUCUAAACUAACUUCAAAACGUUUGAAUUUGCAGAUAAGAGAUUAAGUUAUGUGUUCUCAGUGUGUGUGUGUGUGUGUGUGUGUGUGUGUGUGUGUGUGUGUGUGUGUGUGUGUGUGUGUGUGUGUGUGUGUGUGUGUGUGAGAGAGAGAGAGAGAGAGAGAGAGAGAGAGAGAGGAGGGGGAAGUACGGGGGAUAAGCUUUAUGGGCUAACCCAGUUCAUUUAGAUUCUUCCUCUGUCCUACUGUAUUUUACCUUAAUUUAAUUAGCGCUAAUGGACCCUACUAAACUAGUGUGUGUAAUGUAACAAGGUCACACACACUGACACACACACACACACACAUUCACAUACUGCAGAUUCAUAGUGAUGACCCAAACAUAUAUGUCCCCUUAACACAUACAGACACAGUAUGAGUGUAUGUGUGUGCAUGCGUGUGUGUUUGUGUGUUACAUUGAUAGUCUUCCCCUGCCUUCUCUCCUGCAUAAAUAAAAGUGGUGUCACAGACAUUAGGCUUCCCCCUGGAAACUGACGGACGCUUUUAUGGUGCCAUCUCUCUCUAAAUAUCCUGUGUGUGCAUGAACGCUUGUGUACGUCGUUGUGUGCGUGGAAGGACGUGCUCCACUAUAAAUUCAGGCCUAACGAAAUGAAAAAGGCUUACUGGAAUAAAAGGCUUGUCUCUCAAGGACAAUGACGCCAGAAUGCCAUUAGUGAACACGUCCAACGGGGGGAAGGAGGGAGGAGUAAGGAGUAAGGAGUGAGGAGGGAUGGAGGGAGGGAGGGAGGGGAUGGUGACAGAGAAAAUUGGUGGAAAAGUGAGGAGGAAGGAAAGGUGAGAGAGGAGAAGGAAAACUUGUAAGGUAAGAAGUCAUUGAAGUUGAGAGAGAGAGCUAAAAAAAAGUCAAGUGAAAGAUGAGCAGGAGAACAAGACUGAUAGGAUGUAGAAUGUGACAUUAGCAGUCAAAAUAAGUGAGGGGGGCUAACAACUCCAGAUUGAUGGCAUUCAUUAAAUAACAAUUAUGCAUUAUCAAACACUCUCCAAACAAUAGACCUCCACUGUUUUAAGGAAAACAGUUACAGGGUUACUCUGACUGCCGAUGCAGGAAUUUGAUUUCUCCAAGUUUAUCCAGUAUUCUGGAUUUUUCAACUGGAAAAAUGUCGUGACGUGGAAAAGCUGUAAUUUGGUGCCAUCAAGUCUAAGAAAGUGCUGUAAUCAGUCGGCCUUCAGAGAGAUGAAAAAGAGGGCGAGGGAUGACGAAGAGCAGCAGAAUGGGAGGAGAGUCAGAGCCACAGACAGAGAAGUGAUGUUCAUGGCCUCUCUCCAGCUACAGCAGCCACUUGGACGGGACUCAAUGAUUUCAUUAGCAGAGAUGGACCGUUGUCAGUGUCAGAACAGGGGUUUUUAUCUUUUAUUUUUUUUCUCUCUCGCUGGAGUCAACAACCUUGAAAAGUUUUGCUCAAAGUAAACAGACACGGGCUUGAAUGAGAGCAACUUUUUGAGAGAACUUUCAGUGGGAUUAAAUGUUUUAACAGCUGAGCAGGGAUCACAAGGACACGUACAAAACUUUAAUACCUUAAGUGAAGGGUUAUAAUACAGCUUGAUUAACAUUUUGUUGAAAGCAUAUUUGUUUUGAUAGGGGUUUGAAAUGCAUGUGAUGUAAUGCUUUGACUGUGCUAACACUUUUUAUUUACAAUGAAAAUCUUAAGUAAAAACAAUAUCCAGCCGUGGAAAUUUCUGAAGAGGAAGUGUGAGCUUAAUGAUAGCAGAGCUUGUGUAUUUGAAGUCUGCAAAUGUACUCUAAAAAAACAAACUGCAGUCUGAUAAAAAUGUGAAAACCUCAUCUGUUUUGACUGAUUUAAAGGGAUAUUUAAUUUUAUCUGGCGUAAAAUUAAGUUAGGGUCAAACACACUGAAACACCGGUUAGACACCCCCUCAAGAGAUGAAUGUUGCAGACUGCUCGCUUCUCUAGUUAAAACCAACUUAAGCAAUGAGUUUUGCAGCUCAAGGAAGAACAUUUAUGAUCAUUACUUCAUGGAAAUGCAAUCAGAGUUCUUGUGUAUCUUGUAUGUGCACUGCAGACGCGGUAGUUCUUCUGCCGGUCUGAUUGUAUUUCCAUGAGUUUUCCACUGCACUUGGUGAUCGACUCGUCAGGGCUUCCCCACAAACAAGCGACCAUAACUUAAAUUUACACCAGAAUAUCCUUUUAAGACCAGGUCACAAAAGUUUUAAUAAUUUUUGUCCUGUUUCCCUCUGGUAACAAACACUGACUCAUGGCUACAUUGUGAUGAAUCUCUGACUUUAAACAAUAGAGUGUUAGCAGGAUUGUUUUAAACCUGCAUUUUCUCUAAUAAACCACAAGGGGCUCCACCAGUCAUAAAAAAAGAAAAAUGUCAGCUUCCUGUUUUAGGUCCUCCUUAAUAAAACAUGAUAUUUAUCUUGUAAAUUAUAGUUAUUUCAGGAGUUAAUCACUUGAUCAAGCUGAGUUAGGUGUAAAAACAGAGAUUCUUAUAUCAUAAAACAUUGUUGAUGUCUCAACUUAGAGACAGGGUUCUUCAAAAAGCACAUUUGGGGACAAGGGCUGUCGCUUUGUUUUAAUCAAAAUUCAAACAUUUAUUCUUUUAAGGAUACUUCCUCUUAAUUGGGUUGCAACCAAUAUCAGAUGCUAAUGUUGGAAUGGACAACAUAUCAAAGCAUGUCAUCUAUUCAAACCAGCUCAAGGUGUGAAAAUCAUUUGACAGUAAGAAAUGAGUGACUUCAGAUAGAAAGAAAAAUGGAAGAGAAAUGAUGUGGAGUUUUUUGCUUUUACUGUCUAUGCCUUCUGCUUCUGUGCGAUGAAAACUCCUCCCCUGCACUGCUGCAUAUAGACAGAUACAGAUAGGGAGAUGUGCAGCAACAGAUUGACAAAAUAAGAGAUGAAACAGAAGUGAGAGCGUCCUCCCACCGACAUGCUGUCGCUCAUCCGGUGGAGGCAAAUUCAGACCAUCUGCUCUGCUGCCAAUGCAUCUCUGCCAAAAACUGCUGCGUCUUCAGCUUAAAUUAUGGACAUGAAGCCAAAAGCUCAACAUCACCGCAGACUCUUACACAUACUUCAAAAAGAAACUGGCUGUGAGAAGCCUGGAGUUUCAUUAAAACUGGGUUAAUAAUAGUGUUUAGGGUCCUGUCUGGAUCUUUGUAUAGGAAGAGAGCUGACGUAUCCUUAGAUACACUCACACUGCAGGUUCACACUUAAAUUAAAGCAAAGAUAUUUUUCUUUUCUUUCUUCCUGCAGCCAGAGCAUCAAAGUAGAUGAUGCUUGUAUAUUUUGCUUAACUUUACAUGAGGAGCACUUACUUUAGACUUGAGAACUAUCAAAUGAGAGGAUGUGCUGUUUGACUGAAAACCAGAGCAGCGCUGACUCUGCUAUAGAAUGAAUAACAGGUGUGCUAGUGGAACAGCAUGACCUUGCAUGUGAUGUUGUCUUUGUACAGCUCUUCUGAAAGCAGCAUUUAGUGGGCAACAUUCAAAACUAUCAACAGACAUUACAUUUUUGUUCAUUUGAGCUAGGGCUGCACAAUAAAUCAAUUUUAAACCAUAAUCUGAUUAUUUGAUUAUGACGAUGUUAUAAAAUUUAAAUCGUCAAAUUGAUUUUCCGCUCUAUCAUGUCUCACACCUCAAGGCCACUGUAGGCUCCCCUUUCCCGGCCAAAACACCUGUAAUACACAUGCUCUGUACUCUUCUUCUGUAUUUUGUGAAUUUCCUGUGCAGUAUUACAGCGCCACUUACUGGUUUGGCAUAUGCACUACAUCGUUUUCAGUGGUCCCGUUUUCAGAGAUGAUAGAAAAACUUAAAGUGAAGUUUGAUGAAGUUGUAACCGAAUAAAAAAAUCGAAAUUAAAAAUUGAGUUUUUAAAGAAAAAAAUCUGGAUUUUAUUUUUGGCCAAAAUUGUGCAGCUCUAAUUUGAUCGUUCAUUUGGCAAUGUGGUUUUGUUUUGCAGUUGCAAUGUUGCAAAAAAAACAUAUUAUGCCACACUUGUUCUACUUAGUGAUUUUCUCCACAUUCAUACUGAUAAUGACCUCUUAUAGAUAAGUGUAUGGACGCUUGCGUUGAUAGGAUGUGUAAUUCUGUGCUGUUGUAAUUUUUAUCAGCACUCCCCUGGUCUAGUCACUUUACUUGGCCUAACUGAGUGUUGUAAACUUCAUGAUGAGUAUUGGGUGCUUGCAUAUUUGUUGAAAUAUUAGAGAAAGGUAAGAAACAAGUCAUAUCUGUAAAGUGUGUAUUAAGUUGUUAUUGUGAACUAGCACAUGCUUAGGUGUUACUGUGUGUCUGUGUCCAGCAUGGUUGUUAUUUCAGUGUUUUAGUGUUGCUUCCUCCAUGACCUGAAUCCUUCUGCAGUGGCCCUGAAUUACAACCCCUGUACUGAGCUGUGUGUUAUAUAACUCAGUCAGGCUGGAGGCACAGCUUCACUUUGAAGUUUCUUCAGCUGAAAUUCAACACUGCUCUGUCACUUUUGCUCUCUGGUUUGGAUGAAAGCAUGAAGGUGAACUGUUAAUCUUCUUUUUUCUUUUUCUGGGUGAGAUAUAUGGCACCAUAGGCUGUUGAUGGUCCCCAAACAAGGCACCUAUAGAAAAACAGGAGGCAGUAUUGUGGGCACAAACAGAUGUUUGGCACAUCUGGAUCCAACUCACAGGGGGGUUAGGGGUCUUUAUAAAUUACACAACACAUCAGAAUGAGGUAUACAUUUGUGGUUUUUUAGGUCACUUCAGAAGAUGUGGUUUUGGAGACAUUUUUAGUCUUUAGAGAAGUCCUUUAUGCAGCAUAGAGAAAAUGUUGGUCACACCUUAAUUUUUUUCCUGUUGAAUUGCUUUUACAGUUAGCCUGUCACUGUUCUACUCCUGCCUUUUCUUUCAUAUGUUUUGCCAUCGUUCUUACUUUGAAUCCAUCUUUAUCUAUCCUGAAGAUGCCCACUUUAAAGCAGAAGGGGCUUUACAUCUUCAGUCAUGGCUUUUGUAUCAUAUAACAUUACUUGUAAAACAUAAUUCACUUUUUUUCUCUUCACUGCCCUCUUUUUUUUUCUGAUUUUUAAUCAGUACCUGAACUUUAAAAUCUGUCAGUACUGAUGCUAAUUUCAUACAAUACCAGUUAACAAACUGCUGCUUUUUAAUGUGGGAAGGACACUGAUAAUUAUGUUUUGGCAACAUCUUUUUAACUUUUUAAACCAAAAUUAAAUGAACAUAUAUAUUGAAACUGCCUGUAACAUUUGGCUGAGAACUUGGCUUCGACUUCGUCAUGAUUUGAAUUUGAAGCCAAAUUGCUCUCAGUAUUUCUGGGAUUUUCUCCACUUCCUGGAACCACUACCUUCGCAGUAGCGUUGUACACAUUUAGCGGGCGAGUCACUGAGAGUCACUGUGAUGACACUCGGCUCAAACAGUGUAAGCCCCAGGUGAGCUACGCAAUCUUCGUAUGCCCAUUGGCUGUAUCAAGUGUCAAUCAUAGAAAACAUGAACCUCCUAAUAACUUUUAAAAAUGGAGCUGUACAGAAAAAAGAGGACUUGAGCACAAAUCAGUCUUACAGUAACUACAUGUCAGCACCACAAGCAAGGGGGAGAAAAAUUUACAUUCUGUGUAAUAAAGUUCUAAAGUUUGUCCACAACUCCAUAGGGAUUGCUGGGGGGAUUUAUGACCUAUACUGCAGCCCGUCACCAGAGGGUGCUGUUCUCGCGGCGACUUCAUCCAGCGAGGAGGCAGACAGCGUCUAUUCUAUAUGCAGUCUAUGUGUUAUAAACAAAGAACUGAGUUGAAUAGAUCUGCUCUCAGGAUGAACCCAAUAGAUCUGCUCUUUAUUGCGAUAUCCAAUCUAGCUUUUUGGGUCCUGUAUCUGACUGAAACAGGAUACCAUGAUUGAAUUAGUGCCAAGUAAAUAUACAUUAGAUAUCCCUGGACCCACACAGCGAAUCAUAAAAUCUUAAAAGAAUGCGCCAUGGGGCUGAGUUAGGUGCUUAAAAAUAAUAUGAGGCAAUGAUGGUUUUGAGAUGGCAAUAUUAUAAUCCUUUUCACAUUAACGAGACAGACUUGUGUCUGUUAUCUGCUACCAUGUUGAAGCAACAUCUUUCUGCCACACCCACGACUCGACACAGCCCCGCAUGCGAGUGCCAGAUUUUAUGUCAAGCUGUAGACACUCAAGCCAGCGUGUUGUUGGCUGCUUUCUAUACAAUAGUUUACAGCCAAACCUAUUUUUUUCCCACAGGAGUUGUUUAAGACCAAAGAUGCGCUAAAGAAAGAGUAAAAAAAAAUAUCUAACUCGACAGUGCCAUCAGUUGUCAAAUAUGUUCAACAUUUGACAGGGAAAUCACUGCUGCUUUGAAUGCUAGUCGUUAAUUUAAGUGGAGCCUAAAAUUGUUGUAAUAAUUAUGACUGAAAAAAUGUGUUGAACCAAAAUGUCUGCUGAUCUCUUUCUAAUUAGCUUCAUUAACUCAGUUUAAUUGAAUCAUAAGUAAAAGUGGCAGCUUUUAUUUAUCAAAAUGACAACCAGCAACCCAACUCGCUCAACUCCAAUUUGUGGUGAAUUAGUUUCUUGGCAACAGAAUCUUUGUGUGCUUGCUUACCCAUGUACAUUGGUGAGUGUUUGUGUGUGUUUAAGAAUUUUUUCAAUCUUUUGAAGUUUUUCUGGACAUCAACCAUUUUAUUGCAUCUCACUUUGAGACAAAACACACAAACACACACACAAAAAAAAAAAUCUUUUUUUUCACCUGGAGGCACACACACAUUCAUUCCACAAACAGACAUCUGCAUGGUCAAACACACACACACACACAUUGUCAGUGUCACAGAGCUGUUCUGCUGUGUCACCCCCUGCUCCCUUUUUCUUUUACCCCUCACUCUUUUUUGUCCUCUCUCUCUUCCUUUUGAAUCCAUGUCUGAUUUCUCCUCCUGUUCUAAAUUUAAUCCCUCCUCCUCCUCCCUUCAAUCAUUCACUCACAUAGAUUGCACCUUGUCAAGGCUAUAAAUCCUCGCUUCCCUUUUCUUCCCUCCCACACUCAUAAGACAUCUCUCCUCUUAUCUUUUCAUCUUUUUCUCUACUACAGCCUUUUUCUCAUGUUUUCUUGUCUCUCUUUGUCUUUGCUAAGUGUCUCCUCUUUUUCUUCCUGUUUUCUCUGAAUAGGUCUGCUAAUGGUUUUAACCUACUGUAUCCUUGUUCUGCUCCUGUCUCUGUCAACUUCUUCUUUUCUAAUGGCUUGCUGUGCCUCUGCUCCUUCCAUCUCUCUCUGUGACAUGCCAAUGCUGCCCCCUGGUGGUGUAUUAGUGGUAUCCAGAUAGUCUAUCAGUCUGUGUGUCGCACACAUGAGAGAGCAGGGUGAUGUGUAUGUGUGUGAUGGAUGCUCUGAUGCCAACGAAUCAAUGAAAAUCACUUAAAUCUGGACAGGGAUUCAUGUCUGGACUGACAACACUGACACACACAGAGACACACACACAAGCCCAACUAUCGUUCUCGUUUCAUUACAUCACGAAACAAACACUCAUCUUGGCAGAGAUCCUCCACAGCACUCAGUCUUUUGUCACUUGCUUAACAACACCACUCCUCAUGUGAAGUUGUCCGAUUGUUGUUGUUGUUUUUCAGGUGAAGAAUGUGUUCAAUAUGACAGCCAAAGAGGGCAGGAGGAAGACUGUCAGCUGUCUGGUUGCCGUGGGAAACGGAAAUGGAGCUGCAGGUACAACACUCUCUUUAAAAUAGACAGACUUUCAUUUUCCUCCCUAGAAUAUGAGUCUGGAAUAAUAUUAACAUAGUUCGUGUUAUUAAAAAGUGACACUGAAACUUUUCAGUCCAUGCAGAUAUGGAGGAAAUCAUCAGACUCUUUUCAGAACCCUUUUCCUUCCUCAGCCCCUCGUUACACAGUCUAUUGGGGUCUGCAUAAUUUAAAGAGAAUGCUCAGUGUGAUAUCUGAAACAAUGAUUCAACUGUGUUUUAAUGGCAGUACUUGUGAUUUCUCUUCCUCCACCAGGUUUUGCGGUUGGUAAAGCAGCAGACAGAUUAACAGCUCUGAGGAAGGUGAGAUCACAACUUUCCAAGUCAAUUAUUUAUCCAAGCCUGUUUCACAUUAUUAUUAUCCCAAAUUUGAGGCCUUUUUAAGGUCUUGGAGUUUGUCUCAGUGUCUGUUGUGUGAAAAUCAAAUAGAGUUCAACUUUGUAUUGGACUAAAAUGUUCUUACCAGUCAGAGGUUCAAAUCCUGGCUUUGUCAUCCCUACACUCUUCACUCUUUCUGUCUGUCUAUGCCUGUCAUGUUUAAUAAAGGAAACAUAAAUAGAUAAUGUAUUAAAGAAUUCGACACACUCCUCUUUGUGUUUCCCGUCUCUCUCCAUCUGUCACGUCUAAUAAAGACAGAAGUCAAUUCCAGUUUUAAAAAUGAAUAAUUUUAUCAAAGAUAGAUUAAAAAAACACAAAUCCAAAGAGGUUUAUUAUUUAUCAGGUAUAAAUGCUUCACAGUGGAAGUUUUUCAGCAUAAUUGAUAAGUGAUGUGACAAAUAAGAUUAUUUGUGUUAAAAAAUGUGAACUUUUUUGUAUUUGAACUGACCUACAGGCCAAGAACAGAGCGAUCCACUACUUAUACUACAUAGAGCGAUACAACAAUGCAACCAGUAAGUAUUUGUCUCCUUAUAGUCCUCUCCUUCUUUCACAAAACCCUCAUUCAUACCUGUCUUUUUUUCUCUUUCCUCUCAACUUUAUAGAGAAACAGUCAAAGGCACUUGCUCUAAGAGUGUCUGAAUUUUUGUAAUAUUACCGUAGACAUUAUUGAACAGAGAAACCAGGGAAAUUAUCAGGAAAUUCACCAGACCUAAAUUAAUAUGAUAUAACUUUGAGUUUAUUCCAGCUUGUCAGAAAUAUUCUGUUUUAUGUGUCAGUUUGGUACGAGAUGGCUCUAAUAACUACAGUACCCAUUAGGGGUGGGAGAAAAAAUUGAUACAGAACAGCACAACGUCCCGAUAUUUUGUCUGGUGAUAUGUCGUAUCGUCUCAUUUACCAAGUAUCGAUUUUUUUCAUAUAAGUUGUCAAUAUGAAGUCAAAUCUAUGAUAAUGGAAAAAUAAAAUCAACUGUUUGUCCAGUGAGGUUGGCAGAGGUGACAUCAUAGAGCAGGAGAAAGUUUGUGCAACAAAUAUAGCGCCACCUGGGAAAAAGCAUUAGGAAGGCUAAUGUUUGCAAGAUGUGCUACAUGAAAAUAAAAUGCGGCUAAAUAAGACAAACAUAAAGGAAAGACAAAUGCUAAAUUAGCUAAACAGUUCAAAAAUUGUAUAAAUCAUAAUAUAUUGUAUCGCAAUAACUGUAUUGCGAAAUGUUAAAAUCACAAUAAUAUUGUAUUGUGGCCCAAGUAUCAUGAUGAUAUCGUAUUGUGGGGCCACUAGUGAGUCCCACCCCAAGUACCCAUGGGCCAUUGCUUUGGUUUACAGUAACAGAUUCACAAGCACUUAAAAAUUUACUAAUUUAAAUGAAGUAGGAGGCUGUAUGAUCUGUUUCCCAAACCCCUGUGAUUCACCUUCAGUUAGCUUGUGUUGAUCACACAGUACGAAGCUCAGAUUCUGGAGAUUUCCUCACAAAAAGCAUCUUUAGGUUUAGCAGCGGUUUUAUCUACAUUUUUGUUGAGUUAUUGUGUUACCUCGAGAAAUAAAAGCUUCAGUUUUUCAGCUCUGACUCGAGGUUGAAUGCAUGUCUUUACCGUAAAAGCACUUUAGCUGUCACUCACAAGCGUCAUUUAUGAAAUAUGAUUGAACUCUCAGAACUCGAGGAAUCUGUGUGAGCCCUACUCUACAUCUCCAGCUCUGCCUCUGCUUUUACUCCCCUGCAUCUCUUCCUCCCACCACUCAUCUUUCCUCUCCCCCACUGUCCCUCGGUAUCACCUGCAAGUACUCCUACAAGCAACAUAAUACAUAAUGAAAAGCUUUUUGCAUAAAGUUACGAGAGUUAAUAAGCUCCCAUGUACUUUCCUUAUUGUAAAGCCCCAUUUGGCCUCUGCUGAUGCUGCCGAAGAGCAAAGCCAGAAAUUUUAAUUCGUGUGAGUCAUCAGCCUCCACCGCGUCCGCCAAGGAGAAAGUUAGCUUCCUUUUUCUGGCCCCACACCAGAGGGAAGUGUGUGUAUGUGAGGGAGGCUGUCUCUCCACUCAGUUUGAGCUCAGAGCUGUGGUAUAUCUCAUUUUUGCAGGUUCAUGUCAUUCCACAUGCCAGCUCUCACUACGUGACCAUCUGCAGCCUGUCUGAACCACUAUGUGAACGCUUAUUUGUUUACUUCUUUGAACUAGGGUUGGGUCUGCAAACUGGUGCACUCAGAUGCUGACUCGGUAGAUGUCAUGCAUGGUUUCCAACAAAGUCGUACAAUUUUUGACCCAUCUAUUAUUAGGUCAGUCAGAUUUUUGGCAACAGAAAAGUUGAAACGCUGUUUUGGGGUUUCGGUGGGCCAUAAAUCUCAUGAAGCCUCAGAUCUGGGACCCCCUUCCUCUGGAUGAGUAACAGCUUGCCUCCUGACAUUUAGAUUUUGGAGUCCAGUGGGUCCAACAUUUCAAUGAAUUUGCCACUAAACAAAUGAUUGUGCCUGGCAGAUGUUUGAGCUCCCUGACCUUCCAAAUGUUGUUUUUAUUGGUGCCAGGAUUGAAUAUUUAUGGAGCUUCAGUUUCAGUGAAAAUAAAUAUAAAUCCAGAUUGAAUUAAAAUGAAUCUGAAUGCAGACGCUUCUUUUGGUGUCUCUUCACUUCGUGUUCAAAGAAAAACACCUUUAGACCUUUUUGACAGCAGAACAACAAAUCAAACCGUUUCAGUCAUUUUAGUUUACUCCUUUAAGGUACUAGACUUGAAGUUGACCACAAAAAGAUUUAAUGCAACUGAAUUUUAAAGAGUGUGCAUCGUUCGAACAGAAAUAGACUUCUUCAUAUGCUUUGACUUUGGCUCUCUGAAAAUCCCUGCACUCCUCCGAAUGAACCUGGACCCCCUGUAGAUGCAGCAAAUGUUCAGCUCCCCCCUGUGGAGUGUGUAUCUGCGAAUUAUACAUUUUGUGAUGCAUUUGAAACAUCUUCACUCUCUUAAAUGUUCUUACCCUUGACUGCCUUUCUCAGCAUCCUCUUACUGUUCCUGCCCUUGUUGUUGUGGUAACAUCUAAGUCCAAAACUUCUUUCUUUAGUGUGUCAUAUCCCAACUACGUUUCUGUUAUAGGCAGGGAAAGCAGCCGGUUUUCAAGAAACACUAAGUUUUCACCUCAAGCCAUCAAGUCUUUCUCCUUCUUCAUUCAACAGCUUACAGCUCCCACUCAGGGCCAGUGUGUCUGAAUAAAUAAUGAAACACAGCUGCUGCUGCUGCAGUAGCAAGCAAGACACACUGCCAUGUGGAGGGACAUCUGGUGGGCAGGUAGAGAAACACAAGACCAGAGGGAGAACAGGAGAAGAGAUGCACAACAAAUCACAAAUGCCUGCUCUCUGAAACGAACAAUAGAAGACGAUUAGACUUUCUAGAAUAAUGUGGUCGUCUUUCAUGUUCUGGUUUGGCCAUUUUUCUUGGUUUUCAUCCUAAAAGUGUUAUUGAGUUGCUGCUGUUUUUCUCUCCAUCAGUUUUUCACGACAUUCAUUCAAAGUACAAGAGGACGACACUGCGCAUGAAGAAGCAAAACGAGGGUAUGUAUGCAUUCAUUACAGAGAGACAUACAGACUCUGUUCUUCCUCUAAGCAGGGUUCCUACACAGUUGGAAUUUCCAUACUUUUCCAUCCCUUAUAAGAAUUACUUUUGGAAAUACCUACUUUUCUAUUACAGAAAACAGUAUUUUUGAACUGUAGUAAUAGUCUGGACACAUAAAUAUUUUUCCAUACUUUAUUUUUCAUUUUCCAUACUUUUUAAGACCUGGAAAUUGAUCAAAUUUAUUUCCAUACUCGCGUAGGAACCCUGUCUAAGAGAAAUUCAAUACAUCCUACAGCAAACAAUAAAAAAAGUCAGUCAUGAUUGAUUAAAAUCAGGAAAUAAAUGAGUAAAAAGACUCCGAAAUAGAAACACAGUGUCAAGUCCCUGCAGUCUAUGUUCUGCACGGAUCCCACAGAGAAGAGAGUAAACUUCUCCAACAGCUCAGGUCAUGAGCCAUCAUCACAGAAUAUACACUCCUUAAGCCUGAUGGCAGAGGAAAUAAAGGAUCUCCUGAAACUCUCACACCUCCAGCACAACCUCUACCCUCUAACUUCAGACUGAGCCAGCCUCUUUGUGCAACUCUCCCAGCCCCCUAAAGUUCUGUAUUCAUGGUCUGUUGAUGUGAUCAUGAUCAUUUGAUCCAAAUGAAUGUCAGAUUUCCUUUUUCUUCUGCCCUGCAGUGUUAAGCUGUGAUUGCAUUUCUAUGUGUAGCCCACAUUUCAUCCCAGUUGUCUCUGUGCCUCUGCAGGUUAUGGUCUGCACUGUCACCGGGCGAUUAUCACUAUGUGCAAGCUGAUUGGGAUUCAGGACAUGUACUGCAAAGUGGAGGGAUCGACCAAUCUGCUCAACAUCACCAGAGCCCUCUUCAAUGGACUAGCUACUCAGGUGAGGGGAAGAACCUAUAGUGGGAGAGUUUACAGCUUUCUGAAAUAAGUUUCUUGACUUCAUUUCGUUAUAAGUCCAACAUGGAGUCUUCAUUUUGGGCCCAUUUCAUAUUUAACACUCCAUCCUCUCCUUUAUCUUUAUUCCUCGCCUUUUCUGCAGGAAACCCACCAGACAAAGGCCGAGAAGAAGAAACUCCACGUGGUUGAAUUUCAUUCGCAUCGAGGGCUGCUGCCUCAGGUGGUGGCAAGUCCUGAAGGUGGAGCACAAGUGGACCCUGAGCCAGAGGAUGAGAUCCCAGACACCAAGCUGCACUGGGGAGAUGUAAAAGCUGCACAGGGACUCAAACGCUCAGUCUGGUCAAGUGUCAAACGAAACAUCUGGUAGUGUGCUGAUGUAUGAAUCUGGCCAAAAGACAGAUGAAUCGACUCAUAGAGGCCACAUGAGGCAGGGUCUCACAUUUGGCUUUGACAGACAAGAUGAACAUAAGUGUGUGCAUUUUUCUCAUUAUCUAUUUUAGUCAAAAAUGUUUGACUCUUGAGGACUUUCAUGCUUUUGUCAAUCGUGUGAAUAAACAGAAAGCAUUGUUUAUCACAUAGCAGAGGGCUGAACUUGAAAACUGUCUUACAGAUUCAUCUUAGAAAGGUCAAUAGUGACACAAUAAUUAAAAAUAUAAAUAUCUGUCUCCUUUGUAACUGUAAAAGUAAGACCCUUUCAAUGCUUAUCCUUGUGGAAUAACAGUAUGUACUUAAUAAACAAAGCAGAGCUGUUUAAACAGUG